AUGAACCAGGAACCCCUAUCCCCACCUUCAGAGCCCACGCCUUCCCCCACAACCAACCCGGUCCCCUUGGGCUCACCUCAGCGCACGACCCCAAUACAUCCUCUACUUCCCGAAGUCCGCGUCCCCGGCGAGCCGUUACCGCCGCACAAAUACCACCCGGUUACUUGUAUUCAAAUUGAUGCGGAAUCUGAGGACAUCCGCGCUCAGCUUGAGCAAUUACGUCAAGAAUACACAUCGCCGGAAGCAGCUCUGAAAGCACAGGAACAGGCUGCCAGAGAAGUAAAACAGAAGAUGGAGGACGCCGAGAGGAAACGCGAAGAUGUUCAAAAAGCGAUGGACAAGAAGAUCAAGGAAAGAAACACCGAAAUGAAAGUUCUGUCGAAAUAUCAAGAAGUGAAAGCGUCGGAUAUCCCAGCUUGA